GCCGAUCCUCGCUCUGACAACUGCCGGUUCUCGGCAGUACUUUCCUCACGAUCUGACAGCGUGAGGAAAGUGCAGCCGAGAACCGGCACUUGCCUUUCCCUGUGAUCAGCGUGUCAUUGGACACCGCUGAUCACGUGAGCGGGGAUCGGCACCGAUCAUCAGGGCACUGAUGAUCAGUUGCCCUGAUGAUCGGUGCCCAGCAGUGACUCUCCCGCAAGUUCCGCCCUGCAGUGCGCCCACUAGCCCAAGCCCACCCAGUUCCCACAGCAGUGCCCCCAACCUGUGCCCAGCAGUGCCC